UUAGUAUCACCCAGCAACGCAGGCGCAUGCGCCCGGAAGACGACUUUUUCUCCCAAUCGGUCUGCUUAGAACAUUGGCGCAUGCGCGCGGUUCCAUGAAUUCCCCCCCACCAUGCGCAUGGGCGCUCCGAAUGGUGGGGAGUGAGGGAGUUGCGUACCGUUGCCCAGCUUCGCGCAUGCGCACGUCGUUCCCUUACCGUUCCUUGGGACACAAACAGGCUGCUGUUGUUGUUUUCUCCUUGCAGCUGGGGGCAGGAAGAUGCCGGGGAAGUUGAAAGUCAAGAUCGUGGCUGGGCGCCAUUUGCCAGUGAUGGACCGAGCCAGUGACCUGACUGAUGCCUUCGUGGAGGUAAAAUUUGGAAAUACCACAUUUAAGACAGAUGUGUACCCCAAAUCCCUCAAUCCUCAGUGGAACUCAGAAUGGUUUAAAUUUGAGGUAGAUGAUGAAGACCUACAAGAUGAGCCCCUGCAGAUCACGGUUCUUGAUCAUGACACCUACAGUGCUAAUGAUGCCAUUGGCAAAGUGUACAUUGAUAUUGAUCCUUUGCUCUAUAGUGAGGCAGCUACAGUUAUCUCUGGAUGGUUUCCAAUUUAUGAUACCAUACAUGGUAUCCGUGGGGAGAUCAAUGUGGUAGUGAAAGUAGACCUCUUCAAUGAUUUAAACCGUUUUAGGCAGUCAUCCUGUGGAGUCAAAUUUUUUUGCACCACAUCUAUUCCAAAGUGUUAUAGAGCUGUAGUAAUUCAUGGAUUUGUGGAAGAGCUGGUUGUUAAUGAAGACCCCGAAUACCAAUGGAUAGACCGAAUCCGUACACCAAGGGCAUCAAAUGAGGCUAGACAGAGACUUAUUUCACUAAUGUCAGGUGAACUUCAAAGGAAGAUUGGCUUGAAGGUACUUGAAAUGAGAGGGAAUGCAGUUGUUGGUUACUUGCAGUGUUUUGAUUUGGAGGGAGAAUCUGGACUAGUAGUACGAGCCAUAGGAACAGUCUGUACCUUGGAUAAAAUAAGUAACACAGCAUUCUUACCUGCAUGUAAUUCCCCAUCUAAAGAAAUGAAGGAGAUUCCUUUCAAUGAAGAUCCCAAUCCCAAUACUCAUUCAUCAGGACCCUCCACCCCUCUGAAAAACCAAACCUAUUCCUUUUCACCUUCCAAGUCCUACAGUCGACAGUCCUCUUCUUCUGACACAGAUUUGAGUUUGACACCCAAAACUGCACCUUCCCCACAGGGGCCUAGGAUUUUCCUGUUUCCUAGCUCCCCUACUCUGUCUUGUGGUUCCCCACAUCUUAACAAGUCCUGUCUCCUCCUCCCGGGGUCUAGCCUUAACCCUCUUCACUCUAGCCAUGUCAGCCCAUUUGUUCUGAGGAAAAGUGUCUCUUUCACUGAAGAGCUGCUUCUGGCUGCUUCUGGAAUGGGCAGUGGGAGUGCUGGAAAAGAAGGGGGACCAUUUAAAGCUCUAUUACGACAACAGACGCAGACAGCUCUGGAGCAAAGGGAAUUUCCUUUUUUUACCUUGACGGCCUUUCCACCUGGCUUCCUUGUCCAUGUUGGUGGUGUGGUCAGUGCACGCUCUGUGAAGCUUUUGGACCGCAUCCACAAUCCUGCCUUUGUCGGAAUUAUGGGUAACACAAGAUCAUACAAACUGCUAGACUGGAAUAGUUUCAAUUCAGAUGAACCAGAGACACGAGAUGCGUGGUGGGCAGAAAUCAGACAAGAGAUAAAAUCCCAUGCCAAGGCAUUGGGUUGUCAUGCUGUAGUGGGCUACAGUGAAUCAACUAGCAUUUGUGAAGAGGUCUGUAUUUUGUCCGCGUCUGGCACAGCAGCUGUACUGAACCCUAGGUUUCUCCAGGAUGGCACCAUGGAAGGCUGUUUGGAACAAAGGUUAGAAGAAACUUCACCUCCAGGUUGUGGAUUUUGCCACAUACCAUAUGAUGAACUGAACAUGCCAUUCCCUGCUCAUCUCAUAUACUGUUACAACUGCAGAAAACAAAAGGUUCCUGAUGUUCUUUUCACAACAAUAGAUCUGCCUGCAGAGGCAAUGGUUAUUGGAAAGGGAUGUCUUAUUCAAGCCAGGUUAUGUCGCCUGAAAAAGACUCAAGCUGAAGCAAAUGCAACAUCCAUCAGUAAUCUGUUGCCAUUUAUGGAAUAUGAACGUACACCCAGGCUAAUGAAUAAACUUAAAUUGAAAGGAAUGAAUGCUUCUGUUUGGUCUGAGGAUUCAAGAUUACAGUGGGUGAGGAAUAUGCUGAUGGGCUUGGCAUCUGCCACUGGUGUGUAUCUGACAGCUUUACCGACCCCUGGUGGUAUUCAGAUUGCUGGGAAGACUCCAAAUGAUGGCGCCUAUGAACAGCAUGUUUCUCACAUGCAAAAAAAAAUAAAUGAUACAAUAGCAAAAAACAAGGAACUUUAUGAGAUUAACCCUCCUGAGAUACCAGAGGAAAUCAUAGGGUCUCCCUUUCCAGAACCAAGACAGCGUUCCAGGCUGCUAAGAUCUCAGUCAGAAAGUUCUGAUGAAGUUAUGGAACUAGACCUUUCACAUGGGAAAAAGGAUGCUUUUGUCUUGGAGAUUGAUGAUACAGAUGCAAUGGAAGAUGUACAUUCUUUACUGACGGAUGUUCCACCACCUCCAGGUUUUUACAGUUGUAACACAGAAAUUAUGCCUGGCAUAAAUAACUGGACUUCUGAUAUACAGAUGUUCACCUCAGUAAGAGUAUCCAGGUUAAGCAACAUUAACCUGACAAAUCAAACACUUAACAAGAACUUUAAUGAUCUCUGUGAGAAUCUGCUUAAGAGUCUAUAUUUCAAGCUGCGAUCUAUGAUUCCCUGCUGCCUUUGUCACGUAAAUUUUACAGUGGCUCUUCCAGAGGAUGAAGUAAUUCAGGUCACAGUCACAGCGGUUGCAAUAACAUUUGACAAAAAUCAGGCUUUACAAACCAGUAAAGUCCCUGUAGAAAAAACAUUGCAAAGGGCCUCUACAGACAAUGAAGAGCAGCUACAAUUUCCACUGGAACUUUGCUCUGAUCCUCUUGUUUCUCAGCCAUACUCACCAGCUAAAGAGGUCCUGGAGAAUGCAAGUUCCCACACAGGUAUACCAGCUGCACAGAGAGCAACGUCAGUUGAUUACAGUUCCUUUGCAGACAGAUGCAACAGCUGGAUAGAGCUCAUUAAACUGAAAGCUCAGACCAUAAGGCGUGGAUCAAAUAAGACAACUGCUUCUCUUGACAAAGCAAGUCCACUGGCUGAAGGACACUUGCGUCACCGUUCUGUUCCAGCAUGCACCAAUUCUACUGUCUCGGUUGUUAAGAUGACACCUCUUUCUUUUAUCCCUGGGGCAAAAAUAACCAAGUAUCUUGGGAUAAUCAACAUGUUUUUUAUUCGGGAAACCACUUCUUUACGUGAGGAGGGCGGUGUCAGUGGCUUUCUCCAUACUUUCAUUGCUGAAGUGUUUGCAAUGGUGAGGGCACACGUUGCGGCUUUAGGGGGGAAUGCAGUUGUCUCAUAUAUAAUGAAACAGUGUGUUUUCAUGGAGAACCCCAACAAAAAUCAGGCACAGUGUCUAAUAAAUGUCAGUGGGGAUGCAGUGAUUGUUGUACGUGAAUCUGAAUUAGAAGUGGUACCAGUGCAACCAUCUGCUGCUGUCUCUCAACCUGCAAGUGCUGGAGAUGUCACGACAUGAAGCCAGAAGAAGUGGAUUGGCCCUGCCCAAAGUAAAAAGAUCUCUGCAAAAUGUGGGAGUGUUUAGCUUUACCUCUUCAAAAAUCAGUAGUUCUCCAAAAUAUUACAGUCAGCUAAAUCUAAGACAAUCACUAACCUUCGUCCAUCAACUUUACAUAAUAGCCAGGGCAACGUUUUAUUGGCCAGUACCCUGUAAUUCCAUUUAUUUAAUUACUAGCCCCUGUGAAAUCUAGACAGAAGAUGAGGCAUUGAUCUAAAGGAAUUCCAUAGAGCUCCUGAAAUAAAACAGGAACUUACUUGUGUCUUUUCUUUAUGUAGUUGUUUGACAAGGCCAGAAAAAAUAACUCAAACAGUAUCUGAGUCUGAUAAUGCUUGUACAUUUUAAUUUACUCUUAAUUAAUUUAAGAAACAAAAACUGGAAGAUAAUUAAGAAACUGGAAUCAGCUGCCUUUGAAUGAGCAAGAGAUCAUGACUGGUUUAAAAAAAAAUAUUACCAAAUAAGCAAUUGUCUGGUGUGAAGUCUGUAAUGAGCUUUAGUUAAUGGAACUUUGAGAGGAAAAAAGCACGAGAAAUGACUGUCUGAACUUAGCAGCAUGCUAAAAUGUUUUUCAGCUGUUUGUGAACUAGUGAAUAUUUUUAUUGUACAACUUUUUUUAUUUUAAAUGUUCGAUGUUGCUGCUUUAUAAGCAUAACUAUGGUAAAACAAAAUAAAUGAUUAUAUCUGGUUCAGGUAUUAUAAGUUCAUUUCAAUAUUAACAUUUGUACAAUGCUUUUUUGGGGGCGGGAGGAGAGAGUCUGCAAAAUAAUGUCUUAACCUACUGAAGUCCAGUUUUUUAGGGCAUGAUCUUGCAAUAUUGAUAUAGACAAAGUCAGAGAGACAGUCACCUGCAUAUAUGGAGGCAGAAUUAGGCCCUCUGUAUUUUGCUAUUUGGAAAUGCCUGGCUAAGUUGGGUAAAAGAACAGUUAAAAUAUUUUUAUGACAUUAACUUCUACAAGUCAGGUUUCCUUUCACAUACUAUAAUUGGGAGAUGAUGGGUACUGCAGGAAAAGGAAACAAUCCAUUUCUAGCAAAUCUUUUGAAGACUUUGGUAGAAUAAUAUAAAGACUGACUCUUUAGAUUUGAAGACAUGUUCAUGGAAAUAUGUGUUGACAACAUCUAAUAUGGAACUUGAAUAAAUGUGUAAACUUGAAUGUAAAUAUUCUGUGUAGUCAGACCCAAAUAUCCCAUUGUAUAUGAGCAUAAAAAUCAUAUUCCUCCUUUGUACAAUAAAUUUCUGUAUAAAACCA